AUGAUGCGAUCUCCAGGUGUGGAGCGGGUCCGUGUGCAAUGGAAGUCUGAAAAGGAGUCGGAGUGGAAUUCAGAUAUGGUGGAAGGCUUCAACGACGACAGUGAUUUCGUGGCUACGAUCGUCCUUUCCGGCUUACAAGAGAAUACUCUAUACACGUACACAACGAACGCCAGCCAUAAUCAUUCCCUCCGAAUACGAGGGCUUGAAUACUUGUCAAAGUACAUCACGCAUGCGAAGAUCGACUUCAUGCUGUUUUUGGGGGAUUUUAUAUACAUCGACAUUCCUCAGCGAUAUGGUUGCGGCCUCGCGCAUUACCAAACAGCUUACCGACAUGUGUAUGCAUCACCAAGCUGGAGCAAAAAUCUUCAGUCCAUUCCUUUUCUGCACAUGUAUGAUGACCAUGAGAUUACGAAUGAUUGGUCUGCCCAGGAGACCGGUCUUUACCAACAGGCUAUCCAGCCCUUUAUCCAUUAUCAACAUCAAGCAAAUCCGCCGCCCUUCCGCGCGGGUGCGACUUACUUCACCUUCGAUCACGGCAACGUUUCAUUCUUUGUUACGGAUAACAGGCGGUAUCGUUCUGGACCCGAGGUCACAGAUGAAAAAAUGAGAACGAUGCUGGGGUCAUCCCAGUUAGCCGAUCUCAAAUAUUGGCUGAGGAAUGAAACGAAGUGGAAGGUACUCGUCAGCGGUGUGCCAUUCACCCGAAAUUGGAGAGGAGCUUCAGAUGAAAGUGAUAGCUGGGCUGGCUAUCUCUCUGAGCGCCAACAGCUGCUUGAGAUAAUGUGGCAGUCAGAAGGUGUCGUCAUCAUCAGCGGUGACCGACAUGAACACGCUACCACCUUGUUCCCGUCGCCGAACAACAAGACAAAUGUCAUUGAGUUCUCGACGAGCCCUUUAAGCCAGUUCUUUCAACCGAUGCAACGAACAUAUAAGCAAGUCGAGAAUACAGAUGUGGAAGUAUAUACUCAUGCGUGGGGCUCGUCGAAAUUUGGUGUGCUGGAAUUCAACACCACGGACGACUCCUCACUACACGUACAUUUUGAUCUCAUUGUUGAUGGUAGAAAAGUAUGGUAUUUUGAUUGGUCAUUGGGGAGGUAG